CCGUCCAGUCCAGUCCAGUCCUCCGGGGCGCGCGGCUUCCCGAGUCGCCCGCGGAGCCGCUGGCCGCGCCGUCCCCGCCGUCCCCGCGGGCGGGCGGGCGGGCAUGAAGGACGAUGGACGGGCUGGACGAGGUGUCGGCGCGCGAGCAGCACUUCCACAGCCAAGUGCGCGAGUCCACGAUCUGCUUCCUCCUCUUUGCAGUCCUCUACGUCAUUUCCUACUUCAUCAUCACGCGGUACAAGAGGAAAUCAGAUGAACAUGAAGAUGAAGAUGCCAUAGUCAACAGGAUUUCAUUGUUCCUCUGCACCUUCACACUGGCGGUAUCUGCGGGUGCUGUUCUGCUCCUGCCCUUCUCGAUCAUCAGCAACGAGAUCCUGCUCUCCUUCCCACAGAACUACUACAUGCAGUGGCUCAACGGCUCCUUGAUCCACGGUUUGUGGAACCUUGCGUCCCUCUUUUCCAACCUUUGCUUAUUUGUGUUGAUGCCUUUUGCCUUUUUCUUUCUGGAAUCAGAAGGUUUUGCUGGCCUGAAAAAGGGGCUGCGUGCCCGCAUCCUGGAGACGCUGGUCAUGCUCCUGCUGCUGGCCCUGCUCAUCCUUGGAAUUGUGUGGGUGGCCUCAGCACUACUGGACCAGGAUGCAGCCAGCAUGGAGUCCUUGUAUGAUCUCUGGGACUUCUACCUGCCCUACCUCUACUCUGGCAUCUCCCUCAUGGGCUGCCUGCUGCUUCUCAUGUGCACACCUGUGGGCCUGUCGCGCAUGUUCACAGUGAUGGGACAGCUGCUGGUGAAGCCCACGAUCCUUGAGGACCUGGAUGAGCAAAUGUACAUCAUCAGCCUUGAGGAGGAGGCACUGCAGAGACGCCUGAAUGGACUGUCUUCAUCUGUGGAAUACAACUUAACAGAGUUGGAACAAGAACUUGAAAAUGUAAAGACACUGAAGACAAAAUUAGAGAGGCGGAAGAAGGCUUCAGUAUGGGAGCGGAAUCUGGGGUACCCAGCCGUCAUGGUCCUCCUCCUCAUCGAGACGACCAUCUCGGUCCUCCUGGUGGCCUGCAACAUCCUGUAUCUGCUGGUGGAUGAAACUGCCCUGCCAAAGGGCUCGCGGGGCCCAGGCAUAGGAAGUGCAUCUCUCUCUGCAUUUGGUUUUGUGGGUGCUGCCCUGGAGAUCAUCUUGAUUUUCUACCUGAUGGUGUCCUCGGUGGUUGGCUUCUACAGUCUUCGCAUCUUCAGAAGCUUCAUGCCCAGGAAGGAUGAUACGACUAUGACCAAGAUCAUCGGGAACUGCGUGUCUAUCCUGGUACUCAGCUCAGCACUGCCUGUCAUGUCAAGGACUUUGGGAAUCACACGCUUCGACCUGCUUGGAGACUUUGGGAGGUUCAACUGGCUGGGAAACUUCUACAUCGUGCUGGCAUACAACCUGCUCUUCGCCAUUGUCACCACGCUGUGUCUCAUCAGAAAGUUCACAUCCGCCGUGCGGGAGGAGCUGCUGAGGGCCCUGGGGCUCCGCAAACUGCAGCUCUCGAACCCUACCCGGGACUCAGACACCUCGAAGUCUGCAGUCAAUGGGCACCAGAAAGCCUUGUGAGGUGGCCCUGCGUCCCAGGGACGUGUCUGUUCCUGUCACCUCGUGCUCUCCCUCCGCUUGGGCUACACAGACGGUGCCUGAGACCCCCAGGGUCUGAGCUUGUUGGUGGCCUUGCCAUGGGUCUGAAGAGCACAGGACCCAAUUUCUGGGGUUCCAGGGCCACGUGCUGUGACAGUCGUUCCAUUGUACGCUGGCUGCACCAGGAAGUACAGAUGGGCUUUGAGAGACUUUCUGGGCAGUGAGUGAUGUCUGUGGGCCUGGGAACACCGAGCACCCACAACUCUCACGGUGGAGGAUCACGGUCCUCAUCAUUGUCACGAGAGCCCAGAGCCCAGCGGCUGAGUCCCCUUGGCCACUGAUCGUGGAGUCCAGCGCAGAGAUCUGAGUGGGGCCGAGAACCCAGGAAUGUGCGCUGCCCUGCCCAUCACGUGUGGGUGAACUGUGUCCCCUGUAGCUCGUGGCAGGGUCGCAGAUACUCGUCCACUUGGUUUCUCAAAACAGCACGCACCUGGCUCUUUACCUCAUUACAGUUUCAUGUCCCCA